GGCUGAGCCCACCCCGGGCGGGACGGGGAAAAAGAGAAAGAAGGAGGUGAUGGUGGAGUUUUCGGGUGCUGUCACGGAGGAAAUCUUGAAAAAGCAGGUGGCUGAGGCCUGGAGCCGCAGGACGCCGUUCAGUCACGGACACGAUGACCCCUCCCUGUACCACACAUUCCCUUCUCAAGUUUGCCGUGAUUUUCGUUUCAGCGAAGUGCUUUGAAGAGAAGCCAUUGUCAUGCACAUGGACCCCUUUCUUCACUGCGUGAUCCCAAACUUCAUCCCAAGCCCAAACUUCUUGGAAGGUCUGCAGAAGGAACUUUUGAACUUGGACUUCCAUGAGAAGUACAAUGAUUUGUAUAAGUUCCAGCAGUCUGAUGAUCUGAAGAAGAGAAGAGAGCCUCACAUCUGUGCUUUAAGGAAAGUUCUGUUCGAAGAUUUCCGGGCGUGGCUUUCUGACGUUUCCAAGAUUGACCUGGAGUCCACCAUCGACAUGUCCUGUGCUAAAUACGAAUUCUCAGAUGCCCUGCUCUGCCAUGACGACGAGCUGGAGGGGCGCCGGAUCGCCUUCAUCCUUUACCUGGUCCCCCCCUGGGACGGGAGCUUGGGCGGCACCCUGGACUUGUACAACGUCGAUGAACACUUCCAGCCGAAGCAGAUCGUCAAGUCUCUCGUCCCUGCGUGGAACACACUGGUGUUCUUUGAAGUGUCUCCAGUGUCCUUCCACCAGGUGUCUGAAGUCCUGUCCGAGGACAAGUCGCGUUUGUCUAUAAGUGGCUGGUUUCACGGCCCCUCGCUGACCAGGCCUCCUACCUACUUUGAACCUCCCGUCCCCCGGAGCCCUCACGUCCCGAAAGACCAUGAAAUUCUGUAUGAGUGGAUCAACCCCACCUACCUGGACAUGGAUCACCAGAUUCAAAUUCAAGAAGAGUUUGAGGAACAGUCUGAGAUUCUCCUGAAGGAUUUCCUUAAGCCUGAGAAAUUUGCAGAGGUCUGCGAGGCUUUGGAGAAAGGAGGUGUGAAGUGGAGCAGCCGCGGUCCCCCUAACAAAAGGUUUUACGAGAAAGCCGAGGAGAGCACACUCCCCGGCGUCCUGAGGGACUGCAUGACAUUGUUCCGCUCCGAGGCACUGUUCUUGCUGCUGUCCAACUUCACGGGCCUCCGGCUUCACUUCCUGGCCCCUUCCGAAGAAGGAGGGAUGGAGGACACAGCAGAGGGAGAAGCGGCCUCUGCUGCAGACAGCACGGACGAAGGGACCAGCUGUAGCCCCUCCGAGCCACAGGAUAGUUGGGCGGCCGUCUGCAGCGGCAGCAGCCGGCGGAGCAGUGAGCGGACAGACCCAGAGCCAGAGGAGAGCGAAGCCGAGAAAGAACCACGUAUUCCCACGUGCCAGGGGGAACUGAGGCGCUGGAAGACUGGCCACUACACUUUAAUCCACGACAAUGGCAAGACCGAGUUUGCCCUGGACUUAAUUCUCUACUGCGGCUGCGAAGGCUGGGAGCCCGAAUACGGCGGCUUUACCUCCUACAUCGCCAAAGGUGAAGACGAAGAGCUGCUAACGGUGAAUCCAGAAAACAACUCUUUGGCGUUGGUCUACAGAGACAGAGAGACUCUUAAAUUUGUCAAGCACAUCAACCACCGGAGCCUGGAACAAAAGAAAACCUUCCCCAACAGAACAGGUUUCUGGGACUUCGCGUUCGUCUAUUACGAAUGACGGGGCCGGGCCCAGCUGGGAGAGAGAGACGCUGCGUCAGCACCGUCAGCACCGGGGAGUCUGGGAGAGCCAGGCUCGGAGCCCAGGGGAGCUGCAGGGGGCCUGGCCGACGCCGUCCCUGGAACUGCUCGGGGUUGUCCUUUCGUAGGGCCCCCAGAGCUUGUCCUCAGUCUGGACCUUGAGCUUGGAGGUGUAUGUGCACUUCUCUCUUGACUGCAAAAGUGUCCCUUUUUCUUUAACAUUCAGUUUUCUUCCUUUUGCAUAUGGACUUCUUCAGUGAUUUCAAAAUGUGGGUUUUUUGUAAAAUAUACAUGACAUAAAUUUACCAUUUUAACCAUUUAUAGUAUGAGGUUCUGUGGCAGUGAGCACACUCACAUUAUUAUUGUGCAGCCUUCCCCACCACCGUCUCCAGAACUUUCCAUCCGCACAGACUGCAGCUCUGUGCCCAUCCCCCUCUGCCGGCCCCCAGCAACCACCAUUCAUUCUCCUUUCUGUCUCCGAAUCUACUUGUAUUCCUCAUGUAAGUGGACUAAUGCAAUAUUUGUCCUUUUGUGACUGGCCUAUUUCACUUAGCAUAAAACCUUCAACAUUCGUCCACGA